CAACACGAGUGGCAACCAGUUCUCAGGCGCCAUCCCGCUCUUCCUCCAAGAACUCAAGCUCCUCAACUCUCUGGACCUAAGUGGCAACUCCCUCAGUGGCAGCAUUCCAGACUUCCUGAGAGCGCUCACGUCCUUACAGAGGCUAAAUCUCAGCACCAACGCGCUCUCUGACACGGUUUCUGCAUCCCUGGGUGCUCUGGCCGAAUUGACGUCCCU